GACCAUAAUAACAACAGGAACUGAAGAUGGCGACCUCUCUGCUUCGGAUCGGGCGAGCUGCUUCUCUCAAGUGUCUCCAGCUGGAGAGCCUUUGUGCUCUGAGGAGUCGUCCUGUGGCCAGACUCUGCACUGGGGCCAAAGAACCUGCCGAGGCCAAGACAGAAGCUCCAGACGAGCGAGCAGCUCUCCUCUCCUACAAGACCUCCGUUGCCUUUCCAGUUAAACUCUUAGACCCUGGAGUUUACUCACAGCAGCCUUUAGUUGCAGCAGCAGAGUCUGUAGCUACAUCCACAGCUAACCCUGAAAUAAUCACAGAACCUCAGACAGAAAGCCCCUCCCCAGAGCCUGUUGUUACAGCACCAGAGGUUAGCUCAGCUGAAUCUACCUCAGAACCCACCGAACCUGCUCCAAGUGUAAAUGUUGAGGCACCAGCAGAAACGCCGUCUCAGGACCAAGUCCUUGCAGCUCCAGAAGUUGCUGAUUUGGCAGAGGCCAAAGUUACUCCAUCAGAGACACCAGUGGAGGAGCUGGUUGAUUCUGCUCCUGUCGCUGUAGCGGCUGAAGUCCCUGAGGUCAAAGCAGAAGAGUCCACUGCAGCUGCUGCAGCAGCACAAGCCCAAAGUGCUGAACCUGCUGAAGCAGAACCUGUGGUCAGUGCAAGUGCAGAAGAACUUGUUGAUUCUGCUCCUGUGAUUCCAGAAGCUCAAGAGCCGAUCAGAGUUGAAACUACAGCUGAAACUACGGCCGAAACUACAGCUGCACCUACAGCUGCACCUACAGCUGAAACUACGUCUGAAACUACGUCUGAAACGACAGCCGAAACUACGUCUGAAACAACAGCCGAAACUACGGCUGAAGACACUCCAGUAUUAUCCACUACCUCAGAAAGCUCUGCCAAACCGGAUUCAUCUGAGUCCGCUGGAGCUCCGGUCGAUGCAUCCUCUUCGUCUUCCUCAAGUGAUUCUGAUUCCGACUCUGACUCGGAUUCAGACUCAGAAGAUGAGAAACCAGACGUCAAAACACAAGCCCCCAAAGUGAAAGAAGAUGUGAAGGUGGACGAGGCCCCUAAAGAAGCUCCUGAGACUAUUAAAAUUGUUAUUGAUGUCGAAGAUUUGGCGGAUCCUGCCCCUGAGGUUCUGACCGCAGCUGAAGCUUCUGUUGAACCAGUGGCUGCUGCUACAGAACCACACGUCGCUGAAGACCCCAUCAGUGAAGAGAAGGCGAGAAGCCCAAGUGAAGCUCCUCUCGAAGCGGCACCAGCUGAAGCCAGUGGAGAUGUGGAAACCGCUCCAGAGGUUGUUGAAGAGGCCAAGUUAGUCCAGGAAGAUGCAGCCCAAGCCCCAGAAGUUCUUGCAGCUGUGCAGGAAGUAGUGGAAAAGGCUCCCGAGGUGGUUGUACCGACUGAAGAACUUGUUGAUACAGCUCCUGAGGUUGAACUAGCUGCUCCAGAAGUUGUAGCGGAAAUAGUUGCUGAACCAAGUGAAGAAGUUGUUGAAUUGGCUCAACCUGUCGUUCAGGAAGUCGUAGAUCCAGCUCCAGCAGUUGCAGAUUCAGCUCCAGAAGUUGUAGAUCCAGCCCCAGAAGUUGUUGAAUCGGCACAAGAGGUAGUCGAAACUCCCCCGGAAGUAGUAACGCAUCACCCCAAGAUGUUGCUCCAACGGAACCAGACGUAGUGGAAGCAACCCCAGAAACAACAGAACCCCCCGCAGAAGUUGCUGAAUUGGCACCAGCACAGGAAGUAGUCGCCUCUGCCCAAGAAGUAGUUGAACCAGCACCGGACGUAGUUGCACCAACACCGGAAGUAGUCGCCUCUGC